AUGCCUGACAACUCCGUUGAAAGAGCUGCGGUCAACAUCAACCUCUCCCACAUUGAAGACCCCAACCAGCGCCGUCGCCUGGCCUUGUCCCAGAUAGACAACGCUCCCUUUGGCUGGCGUCAUGUGCGGGCCGUCAUAGUAGCCGGCGUGGGCUUCUUCACCGACUCCUACGACAUCUUCGCCAUCAACCUCUGUUCGAGUAUGCUGGGUGUGGUCUACUGGCAGCAAGCAGCCGAGCGUCCAGGCAAGAUCCCCUACGGCUCGGACACUGCUAUCAAGGUAUCCACCUCCGCCGGCACUGUCAUCGGACAGUUCGCUGCAGCGAUCGUGGCUUUGAUCCUGACUGUGGCCUUUAAGCUGUCGUUGGAAACAGCUGCUACGGUUGGUAAGUGCGGUGACGUCUGUCAACUGGCUGUCGACAAGAUGUGGCGCAUCGUUAUCAGUUUCGGCGCGGUGCCCGCUUGCAUUGCCCUGUACUAUCGCUUGACGAUUCCCGAAACCCCGCGCUACACUUUCGACAUUGCCAAGGACUUGGUCAAGGGUGAUGAAGAUGUGCGGGCGUAUAUUGCUGGCAAGCACGAGGGUCGUCCGGAUGAGGCUCGUGGUUCUUCCUUGACAUUGCGUUCUAUGGUCUCGGGCAUAAACAACUCGAUCAUCCUCACGGCAAUCGGAUGGAACGGCGGCAGCAACAUCUACGAGUACUUCUAUCGCAAUGCAGUCGGCAAUCUGAUUCUGAUCUGUGCCGGAGCCAUCCCCGGCUACUGGAUGACAGUUGCUACAGUCGAUUCGAUCGGUCGGAAGCCAAUCCAACUGGUCGGAUUUGUGAUCCUGACUACAGUGUUCAUCAUCAUCGGCUUCGCCUACGCAUCGCUCAAACAGUCGCAAAACGCGCUGUUGGCUUUGUACGUGGUGGCGCAGUUCUUUUUCAACUUUGGUCCCAACGCUACGACGUUCAUCGUGCCUGGUGAGUGCUUUCCAACGCGGUACCGGUCGACUUCGCACGGGAUGAGUGCUGCGGCCGGCAAGGUGGGCGCCAUCAUCGCGCAGUGCGUGUUCGGACCGCUGGCACAUCGCGGCGCGCAGGGAGGAAUCAGUUCGUCGGACACCCCGUGGCUCAACCACGUUAUGCAGAUAUUCGCUCUGUUUAUGGUGUGCGGGUUUUUGACGACCUGGUUAAUUCCAGAGACCAAGGGGCGGACUUUGGAGUAUCUGGCAGGCGAGGAUGAGAGUUCGUAAGCGGCCGUGGCGUGGUGAUGAGACUUGACAUGACAGUGAUGGGAUCAAUUGCAUUUCGUAGUGACCGGAGGACUAGUUUAUCACCUGGCAAAGAUAGCAGGCCAUAAUUAAAAGGCGUUGAGUGAAUGGACGGUGUUGUGGGAUGUCGAG